UUGGUUGUUGGUGGUGGUUCGUGGUGGCGGUGGGUGGUGGAACGAGCGCCACCUCGAGUCCACAUCUCGCAUCGCCGCCGCUCUCACGGCGACUGCGGGAGAGAAGCAGCAGCAGCAGCAGGAGGAGGGUGAGGGUGGUGGUGGACGUGGUGGUGGGAGACGGAGCGCCGUUGUCAACCACGGAGUCAACACGCGCUGACAGGAGAAGGAGGAGUAGGAGGAGGCCGGGAGACCCCUGCCCCAAGACGCAAGGCGACUUCAAGAGGACGAGGAGGAGAGAGGAGAGAGACGCGGCAACGGGGGCCACAUCUUGACAAGCUCAACAUACACAAGUCCGCGCGAUCCUUCUCGUCGACAGAAAGCCCCACUGUGUGGACCCCCUUUGGGACCCUUUAAAGGAUCACCAAGGGGUCACCAAGGGGGUCACCAAGGGGGUCACCAAGGGGGUCACCAAGGGGGGUCACAUCGAGUCCCCCCAGGGGAGAAGGCGACGCCGCCUCGACCCGGGGCCAUGCGGCCCUCACUCAGGGCAGCAGGAGGAGGCCCCUGAGCGCCGCCCCCCCCCCCGCGAGUGAGACCCCCACUGCCGUGGGGGGCGAGGGGCCCCGCGUCCAGAGGGAGAUGACCGUGGGGGCGGUGCCCUGAGCAAGGGAACGGUGGUGCCCCGGUUGACGCCGAUGGGAGCACCACCAGGGCUGCCCGGAUCGCGUGACUCCGCUCUCAGCGCCGGCCCUGUGCAGGGAUGGAUUCGACCAUCACACUGUGGCAGUUCCUGCUGCAGCUGCUGCUGGACGUGCGGAACCAGAACCUCAUCGCGUGGACCUCGUCGGACGGGGAGUUCAAGCUGCUGCAGGCCGAGGAGGUGGCGCGCCUGUGGGGGCUGCGCAAGAACAAGACCAACAUGAACUACGACAAGCUUAGCAGGGCGCUGAGAUACUACUACGAGAAGAACAUCAUCAAGAAGGUGAACGGUCAGAAGUUUGUCUACAAGUUCGUCUCGUUCCCCGAAUCGGUGAACCUGGAUACGGCGUCGCUCACGUCUGCCGACGCCGAGCGUGUCACGACCCUCCUACUGGAGGGCGCCAGCAAGACGGGGCCUUCGGGGCCCUCCACCGUCUCCUCCAGCGCCGCCGCCACAGCGACCGGGCCCGCUCAGCCGUCCACCGUCGUCAUGGGCAACGGCGCGGUGACGGUGGCUGGGGUGGCGGCGUCCGCCGGCGUCACCGACUGGGGGGGCGUGGUGGACGGAGGGGCACGGAGAUCCGGCGGGAAGGUCGGUGGGGGUGCCGUCGCGUCCGCCGGCGGCGGCGGCGGUGGCGGUGGCACCUCCGGCUCGGACUACAAGACGUCGGGGCUGUACUCCACGUUCACCAUCUACUCGCUGCAGGCGGCGCCCAACGCCGUGCAAACCGGUGCCGCCCAGCAGCCCGCCGCGCCGACGCCAAUGUCGCUCCCGGUGCAGCAACCGGCCAAGACGGUGCCGCACGGGGUAGUGCAGUCCUCGGUGGUGCAGGAAGGCACCGAGCGGACCGAAGGGGAAGCGCCCCUGCCGCACGGAGCCUCCGUGCCAGCUACAGUGCACUUGGACGCUCACGAGGUGCAAGGCGAAAAGAGGAACCCCAAGGAGGAGGAGGAGGUGGAUGCGGUUGACGUGGAGAUUGUGGUGAUGCGGCCUGAGUCGUCACCGGGUACCCCCGAAGAGGAGGUGGGGCCGUCGCUGCCCAUGGUGGUCGUGAAAGAGACACCCUCCCAAUUCUCAACGGGCGCCCAGCUGACUCUGGUAUCCGCGGCGAGCACGCCCAUCACUACGGCGACACUGCAGUCAUCCGGCAUCUCCCAGAUGGCGAUGAGCCCAUCGUCCCCAGAGGGGGGCGAGGCCCCCCGCGUGAAGAGGCCCAAACCCCCCCAGCCCCCCCUGCUCAUCAUCUCCGAGUCGGAUUCGCUGAGUCCUGGGGGGGUCCUCACCAGCACAGGGUGCCGAACCCUCGACAUGAUCCCCAGCCCCCUGAUGCCGUUCACUACUGGGGCAUCGCUGCUGGGGCAGCCUCUGUAUCUGACGCCGUCGCCGCUGAUCCCAUCGGGCAGCAUCCACUUCUGGAGCACGCUGAGCCCCCUGGCCCUGCAGAGCCCCGCUCGCACGCAGGCUGGCAACUCCUCCUUCCAGUUUCCGUCUGCAGGAUCCAUGGCGACCAUCCCCCUGGCGACGCUGGAUGGCCUCUCUACCCCCGUGGUGCUCUCUCCUGGGCCGCAGAAAAACUAACUUCGUCGCACCUCACCGUCAUCAUCAUCAUCAUCACCACUACCACCACAUCAUCACCGUCACCAUAAUCACCGUACUCACUUAUCUUCACCUCUUCACCUCUUCACCGCUACCUGCUCGGCCAACUUUUUGGAGAUGUCGAAAUGAGGUUUGGGGAUAUCAUGAACCCUCAUCAUUGUUCUCACCGACAUCAUCGUCUUCAUCAUCGUCUUCAUCAUCGUCAGUGUCUUGUGCCACCGACUCCCCCUCCUCCUCACGGCUCCGUCUGUCGCCCAUAGAAGGCGGACGUCAGUCAUGGACUUGCCGCUGACAAUCCAGUUCUGGGUUUGAGCCGGAACCCAGGCUCUUCUGAGAAUCCGGUUAUGGGUUUGAGCUGGAAUCCAGGCUCCUCAGAGAAUCUGGUUCAGGCUUUGAGCUGGAACUCAGGCUCUUCUGAGAAUCCGGUUAUGGGUUUGAGCUGGAAUCCAGGCUCCUCAGAGAAUCUGGUUCUGGCUUUGAACCGGAACCCAGGCUCUUCUGAGAAUCUGGUUAUGGGUUUGAGCUGGAAUCCAGGCUCCUCAGAGAAUCUAGUUCUGGGUUUGAGCUGGAACCCAUACAUCUUUUCCACUGCGCCACCAAGCCAUGCCAAGACAGCCCGGCUUGGCUCAGAAGGUGCCGGGUUGUUUUUCCACUGCGGGAGCCGAGCCGCUGACGUCUUGUGGCUGCGCACGCUCCACGAUCCCAGGCCUUGGCCCUGCUUGGCUCCGAGCCAGACGUCUUCUGGUGAGGCCUGCGUAGCACAAGGUGCCCCGUGCUGGCUCGGAUGUGUCAGUGGAAAAGGGGUAAUUAGGUUCCUCUUUGACAAUUCAGUUCUAGGCUUAAUCCGGAACCCUGGCUUCCUUUGACUGUGGUCGCACCUCUCCUGUCAACUCAAGGAAGCUUUGUGUUGAGAAGAUGUGGAGACGAAAAGUGAAGAAGGGAGCCGCUUUGUGACUCUACUGUGGACAGCAAGCAGAGUCUUUGAAGAAGGAGUUAAACAAAUUCAUGUGCCAACGACAACGUAUGUGUCGCCUCAGACAUUGAGACCCAGUCCAGAAGAACGGGGGACGUCUGGUGCGGAGAUGGAGUAACAUUGUUGGGGCCCACUGUAGAGUGACACUGCUGUGUGUCUGCAGUGCUACUGCGGUGGUGUGUGUGUGUCUGAAGUGACACUGUGAUGUGUGUGUGUGUGUCUGGGGUGACGCUGGUGUGAGUCUCCAGUUAGACUGGGACUCUGCGAGAAGUGACACUGGUGUCGAGUAUUCAGGGUCGUUGGGCCCAAUGUGUGACGUGUCACUGAGGACCCAUUGUAAAGCGACGGCAGUCACCGAAUUACAGAGAUAACCCUUGGAAGAGAUGGCCAUCAGGUUAGAGGGCAAGGGAGGUCAUGGUGGGUGGGGGGGUGGGGAGGUGGGUGACCACCUUGGGUUUGAUUUGGAACCGAGUGCUACGGUGGGAAUCCGUGUAAAAGGGUAGAGAGGCACAGGCCGCCCGUUUCCCUCCGCUGGUAAGAAGUGCUGCCCCCCCCCCCCCAGGCGUGGCGUCGUCUACGUGUGCUGGGGGGCGGGGUUAGGGGCGGGCACGGUUUGGGUUUCAGAAUCUAUGAGCAUGACUCCGUGUGCCUCAAAUUGCCACCACCACCACUGUCUCCACCACCACCGCCUCCUCCACCACCGCCUUCACUGUGAGGGAGAUUGUCAGGGGCAGGGCAGUGAGCGUGUGCCUCAUUCCAGCGUGCUUGGUGUUCUAGCAGUUGUGUGUGUAUGUGCGUGCCGGUUCUAGAACGUGUGUUGUUCCAGAGUGUGUGUGUUGUUCCAGAGAGUGUGUGUUCCAGUUCCAGAGAGUGUGUGUUCCAGUUCCAGAGAGUGUGUGUUGUUCCAGAGAGUGUGUGUUGUUCCAGAGAGUGUGUGUUGUUCCAGAGAGUGUGUGUUGUUCCAGAGAGUGUGUGUUGUUCCAGAGAGUGUGUGUUGUUCCAGAGAGUGUGUGUUGUUCCAGAGAGUGUGUGUUUCAGAAUGUGCCAGUUCCAGAGUGUUGUGUAUGCCAAUUCCCGAGAGUGUGUGUUUCAAUUCCCGAGAGUGUGUGUUUCAGUUCCAGAGAGUGUGUGUGUGUGUUCCAGAGAGUGUCUGUUCCAGAGAGUGUGUGUGUUUCAGUUUCAGAGUGUGUGGCAGGGGCGGUUUCUUCAUUAGGGCGAUUGGGCGACGCACCACCAAUGUCAUUGAACCACAGAGUCACGCUAGCCGUCACUGCAGCCUCUGGAUAUAGUCCAAUCAGCGUCAUGUCACGUUCUGUGGAGUACCGCCUCUUUUUGGGCGAUUUCACUCCGGCUGAGAAUCGCCCCGAGUGGCCCCAUAGACUUACAUUCAAAGAUGUUUUUUUUCGACCAGGGGGCGCUGCAAUGCAUUCUCUAUGGCUUCCGGCAGGGCUCGCCCUAACGUGCUUACGUCAUCAUACGUGCUUACGUCAUCAUACGUAAGCACGUUUCAUCCAACAAUAUAAUUUGUGGCCACCUAGUGGAAUCUUUAAUAAAAUAAACUUGAAUGGUUUGUUUUAAUAGUAUAGAAACAAACAAGA